GGUGGGGCAACCGAUAACGAUAACGGGCCGAAAUCCGUCUCCACAAACUUUCCUCAAGCCCAUCACGCAUCCGUCGCCCGGUUGCCGUCUCGACAAGAAACUCAAUCUCGACCACGUGUGCUGAGCUUCCAUUUCGCAGCCAACGCAAGACACAAUGAGCGACCCAGAGACCAAACCCGCCGCCGAGGCCGCAACUGCUGCGCCCGACGCGGUGCCGGCUGAAAAGCUCAAGGACCUGGAGACUCCAGUAGUCGCAGACGCCGUGUCAGCGCCUGCAGCUCCAGCUGUGUCAGCAGCUCCAGCGGCCCCUCCAGCUGCCUCAGCUGCCCCAGCUGCCCCAGUCGCCGCAGCGGACACCACGGCCCCGGAAACCGACAAGGUAACUACGGAGCUAACGCCAAUUGCCCAGCUGUGGACCGUCGCCAAAUCUAUCGUCGCAUCCGCCGGCCACGGCGAGAUUUGGGGCGUUACUCUCAGCGACCCAGAGACUCAUAUCCCAACUCAGAUUGUCCUCCAAAAGUACCUCAACGCCAACGAUGGCGACCUGGCCAAAGCCACGGAUCAGCUCACCAAGACGCUGGAGUGGCGGGCCAAGACGAAACCACUCGAGCUGUUGAAGAAGGCCCAUGACUCGGUCAAGUUUGAGGGCCUAGGGUUCGUGACGGCGUACGGCGGAGAUGAGCCCGACAGCAAGGAAGUCUUCACGUGGAACAUCUACGGCGCCACCAAGUCGGUCGACGAGACCUUUGGCAAGCUAGAAGAAUUCAUCGAGUGGCGAGUGGCGCUUAUGGAACUCGCUCUGCAGGAGCUGUCCCUCUCGUCUGCAGUCAAGCCCAUUACGGCUGAGAAUGACCCGUACAAGAUCACGCAGGUGCACGACUACAAGUCAAUCAGCUUUCUCCGCCAGUCGCCGCACGUCAAGUCGGCCAGCUCCGAGACCAUCAAGGUCUUUGCGCAGAACUACCCGGAGCUCCUCAAGGAGAAGUUCUUCGUCAACGUCCCAGCCAUCAUGGGCUUUUUGUAUUCCUUCAUUAAGCUCUUUGUGGCGCCCAAGACGGCCAAAAAGUUCCACCCCAUGUCCAACGGCGGAAACCUGGCCAACGAGUUUGCUGACAGCGAGGUCAAGGGUCUGGGGGAGCAGUUGCCGGCCGAGUAUGGUGGGAAGGCGGCGGAGCUCAAGGGUUCUGCCAAGGGACCGCUGCUCACGUAGACGGACUGCGGUCAGCAGAGUUGUAGACCGGACCCUUGAAGAUGACUCACGUUAUAGUUGUUAGUAGGGAACUUAGUUGCAGCUUUGUGCCUCCAUGCUGAACCAACUAUACUACCUAAUUAUUACCGUGUUAUCCCAGUGCUGGACAACAUGCCGGGCUGUCGUCGAUAGAGGCCCAUCGUCACGAUAAAUGGUUCUCCAAUGGC